AUGGCAGAUCAAAGACAGCCAUUCCGCUUUCGACUCCCUUGGUUAGCCCCUCAACGCCCUGUUGGGCAACAAACACAACGCUCGCGUCCCACAUCAGAAGCUUCACGAGCCCCGUCCCAACCAACAGCAUCUGUUCCUGUUUCGCGACCUGUGUUUAGACCUGCUGGGAGAGCUCCCACUCAGCCCGCUGCUUCCCAGCCUCAACCUCCUCCCAAAGCUGAAGCUCAGUCAUCAUCUCCAUCACCAUACUACGCAGUCACUGAGUCCCCAAAAGAGACAUCAUCUGUCUCAACUGCCAAACCUCCAACAUCAUCUAUCCCAACUGCUGAACUUCAAACACCAUCUCGUGCAGCCACUGAAUCUCCAAAAGAAACAUCUUCUGCCUCAGUAGCCAAACCUCAAAUACCAUCUCAAACAGCCACUGUGUUGCCAAAAGAAACGCCAUCUGUCCCAACUUCCAAAACCCAAACAUCUUCUGCCCCAAUAGGCAAAACUCAAACACCAUCUCAAACAACCACUGAGUUGCCAAAAGAAACACCAUCUGUCCCAACUGCCAAAACCCAAACAUCUUCUGCCCCAAUAGGCAAAACUCAAACAUCUUCACCUGCAGCCAUUGGUUCCCCAAAAGAAACACCAACUCCUUUAGUCGAAUCCCGAAAAGAAACACCAUCAUCUCCAAUUUCCAAACUCCAAACACCAUCUCGUCCCAAUGAGUCUCCCAAAGAAAAACCAUCUCGUCUAGUCACUGAGUCCACAAAAACCACUUCCCAAUCAACUUCACCAUCGGCUGCAAAUGCAGCUGUAAAGCCACCAUCACCAUCAAGCUCAGCAACCAAAUCUCCAAAAGUAACACAACCUGCCACAAUUGGUAAAACUCAAUCCACUGCUGAGUCCCCAAAAGCCAUUUCCCAACCAACUUCUUCAACUCCUUCAGCAAAUACAACUGUUAAACCUCAAUCACCAUCUCUCGAAACAAUUGAGGCCUCAAAAGCUACUCCCCAAUCAACUUCUUCACCAUCUAAUGAGAUUGCUACAACUAAACCACCAUUUCCAUCUCUUGUAAUAAGUAAAUCUCAAGUCAGUUCCAAGCCUGUGUCACCACCUCAAACAAGGACUCAAAGUAGCACAACCUCUGUGUCGUCAUCACCUUCACAAAGAGACACCAAGUCAAAGGGAAGCGUUGUUUCUCCUUCCCAAUCUCGUGCAACUUCUCAGUCUCAACCAAAGUUGGGAAAUGCGUCUCAAUCUCAAUCUCCGACAUCUCAGCAUGCACGUAUAGCUAAUUUGGAAGUUUCUUCUCCAACUGGCAAAGCUACUCAGCAAAAACCAAAGGUUGGCACUGUGUCUCAAUCUCCAUCUUCACAUGAUAAAUCGCAAGUCAAAACUCAGGCUCAAUUGUCUGCUCAUGAGCAAGAAUCAGAGAAAGAAGCAACAUCUAAGCUGGAACAACGAGAGCCUGAAUCAAAAGACAAAAUCACAUCUGAUACUGAAAUGAUAAAGACCCCUCAAGAUGUUGCAGUUGCAAAGGAGCAUGAAGAAGUUCCAAUGCCUAUGGUAGCAGCGAGGCCACUUUCUACAGAAGCUGCCGAGGUAGUUGCCCCAUCCCAAAAGUCAAAUUUGAAGCCAUUACCCGAAUUAGAGAAACUUGAACGAUUGAAAAAAGCAGUUGAACUUCCAAAAGGAGAAAGGUCAGCUAAGGCAGUUUAUGAAGAACCAAUCCAAAAAACAAUCAGUGAACAUGUUGUAGCACCAAAAAGGCAGCAAAAGCAAGAAACUUCUGACACAAAUGAGACUAUAGGAACCGCCAGUUAUGUUGCAAAACAUAUCAAAACUUCCACUAAGGAAGUUUUGACCACAAAGGAAGAAGCUCCUCUACAGAAAGAGAUCAGAGACGACAUUUCUAAGCUUGUUCAAAAGCUUACCACUGGAUCCCAAGUGGAUGAAAAGUCAGUCAGUGUCAUUACCUUAACCGGUGAAAAUAGAGGAGCCACAAUGCACAUGAACUCCGAACCAGCCAAAAAAGAAGCGUCAGUUCACAUUCAUCGGGGUUAUAAGGCUAAUCCAUAUGAGAGCCCUGAAACUGAAACCGCCACUGAUGGAGAAGCAAGCUCAAGAGGAGGGAGGCACAUUGACCAAAUGAAAAGAGAAGCUCCUUCACCAAAAGCUUAUGUUAACAGCAAUGUACAGAGUGUCAACAACUCCAUUGUCUUCCAUGCUUCAAUAGAAGAAAGGAAUCCAGGUGUUCAACUGGCCUACUCUCAAAACACUACUGAGGAGGUCAAGUCAAUUGGUAAAUCAGAGUCCAUCCAAACCCGCAAAGCUGAGUUUACAGUAACCCCUGCUGAGAAGCUCACUCAUGAGCCCAAUGUCAGACGACGAUGCCUCAGAGGUCUCUUCAUGGAAUCAAGUGACUCAGACCCAGAUAAUCCGGAAAAGCCUCGGCGCCAUGGUUGCCGCUACAAAUGUGGGGAGAAAAACAUAGGCGAAGAGUUCUAAUCAUGUAACUGACCAAGACUCAUCUGCAGAUCAUGUAAUCUAAGCUUCAUGUAGUUUGUAUAUAAUAAAAUCUUACAAUAACAAUGCUGAGUGCAUGAAGCAUUCCCAGCUAAAACAAUAACUGGUUGAAAGAUCAUUUGGUUCUUAUCU